AAAGGGACAGUAAUUGCUGUUAAUAUUUGAUUUAUUUAAAGUAAGUUCUUAAGGCCAAUUACAUCAUUUAACAAUAUAUUGUAGAUCCACCUAGUGUCACGCUGCUAAAUCACACAUUCGAUUCUUUUGAUAUUCAACGAAACAUUCAAUGUAUAGCUAACGGAGAUCCAAUGGAAUAUACAUAUGGGAAAUGGGAACAUAAGUCUUUCUUAAAUGAUCAUAUUAGAUAUCUAAAUGGAACAGCAUCUGGUAUAUUGAUUUUGCCUUUACAAGAAAAACAAGUUCGAUAUCAAGACAGCGGCAUUUAUGUUUGCAGUGUUUCGAAUGGAGUGCCUGAUGAAUAUGGAAAAUAUUUCCAGAAAGAACAGUCUUAUGUUAUUUCAAAAGGUCCUCCAGUUUUCGUAAAGGACAAUAAGCAGAUUCAGUACGGUGAUAUUGGCAAACCAAUGGACCUCAUGGUGUAUGUACAAAGUUGGUUGAACAUUACUAAUCAUUCCGUUGCAACGACUGUACGUGAAAUACAACAUUUAAAGGUAGCAAUAUAUCAUAUCAAGAUCAAGGACACAUUUCAUGGUCAACUGAUUCAUUUAUUUGGAUGGACAAUUGUAUUCAGAUUCCCUGAAUCAACCAUUGAUCAGUUUCAAAACUACACAAUAACUAUCUCCAACGAACUCGGUAGUGCUGAUUACGUAACAGAAUUGAAGUCGCAAGGCAAAUAUGAAAUUGUAGAAAAAUCCCUAUCCGUCCAAAGCGUCGUGAUUUUAUCAUUAGUGGUUAUCAUUGUAAUUCUGGUGGCUGGGAUUGUAUUAUAUGUUCGUAGAUUGAAACAGAGGUACAGGGAAAGGAUGGAACCUGCAAUAAAUGUCCAAACACCUGAAAGGACUUUUGGUGAAAGUUCUCAUUAUACAGAGAUAAUUGAAGAUGAUAACCUACAACCCACAUCGCAAGAAAAUGAUAGCUCCAGCAUGUCAAUGGUCAAUAGAGAUAUAGACCUUGUGUCGGCAGAACAUACAUCCACAUCAUCGGACAAUGAUAGAGAUUCUUCAGAAUAUUUAGACGAUGGAUAUGAACAGCCUUACACCACGCUGAUAGUUACUGAUCAAGUAAAAGACGAUCAUGUUUAUCUCACUACCAAAAAAAAGUCAGAUUAUGAAAAUGCAAUUCCUUUACAGAAUGUUGCUUGUCGACAUGCCUGUGAAGUCUUAGAAGAAGAUUCUUUAUCAGAUAAAACAAAUGUACUUCAUGACCACGAAAAUUGGAAUCUGAAUUACGACGUGAACGACUUUAACGACACAAAUGAUAGUGUGCCUCAGACUUAUAUUUAUCCACAAAUGAAUAAGGCAGAAUACAUCAACUUGUCACUUAACCUAUAACAUUAAGUUUUAGAAUUUAUCGUUUUAAUUGAACUACUAAACAUGAUAGUAUUCUGAAAUGAGGUCACUUUAUCUAUGAUCCGAUUGUAGUUAUAAUCUUAAAUUUCAUGCCUUCAUAUUGAUUAAUGAUAGUUAAACGCCCAAAAUAAAAUUGAGAAUGGAAAGCCCAAAAGCCUUUUUAAAUGCACAUUUAGCAAUAUACUACAUUAAAAUGACAUGAGAUUCUAAUAUGACGACCUGUAUAUCGUCAACCAGUAUAACCACAGUAUCUACCUUUAGUACAUACGCAUAAAUACACAAAAUAGGCUGCUCCGUGUUACGCCAAUCUUAUUCAUACGACAAAGAAAACUCAUUUUUUGACAGUUAAUCCGACGUUUUACAUAGGCCAAGCUUCAAAUACAAUACCUUUAUCUCUAUUCUAAUGCAAAAUAAACAAAUCAGUCCAUUUCAGUUAUUAUUUCGAUGCAAAAUGUCAUAAAACGAAAAUCCCACCAAAUGAUGUUAUCGUCUUUGGCAACUAAACAAGAAGACGUCAUAUGUACAUGUAUGCUUCGGGCGUCAAACACCGGACGUUUUCAGGCUUUUUGCACGCUUCGGAAUGUGAUAACAUUAGAUAAAAAGAAGUGUUUUUGUUGAAUAAUGUAAGGUUUUUUUUAAUUUAUUAUUGAAUAAUAUGAUAUACAGUAUCGUGUGUAUAGGGGUUUCAUGGUUGACAAAAUUUCGACUGCCAUGAAUUUUUUCUUAAAUAUACCCGGCUUUGUAUUUGACCUGAACAGUCAGAAUUAUACUGUGUAAGCUAGUUCUCAACAAAAAUGCAAACCCAAGGAAUUUGCUCAGGAAAGAAAAACCACUAAUACCUACCCAUUAUCGCUUUCUCAGCGCAAUUUUACAAUUUUAAACUGUAAGUCUUAUGUUCAAAUAGUGUGGUGGCCAUUUCUUGUAGCAAUUAUAUUAUAUUACAUAUUAGUAGUUUUGUUUAUGUGAUUUAUAAGACA